AUGGCUGUGUCGGGGUAUGUCGAACUGACCAACUACUGCGAUUAUAAAAACUACAGGGAAACCAUUCUAAGCAAACCAAUGCUGUUCUUCGUUAAUGUGCGCAGCAAAAAAGACACCUCAAGAGAAAAGACGUAUGCAUUUCUGGUGAACACCAGGCACCCGAAGAUCAGGAGGCAGAUCGAGCAAGGGAUGGAUUUGGUCAUUUCUUCUGUGAUUGGGGAAAGCUACCGACUACAGUUUGAUUUUCAGGAAGCAGUGAAGAGUUUUUUCCCGCCGGGCAAUGAAGUGGUGAACGGAGAGGCCCUGAGCUUUGCGUAUGAGUUCAAAGCCGAUGCGCUGUUUGAUUUCUUCUACUGGUUUGGGCUCAGCAACUCCACGGUCAAGGUUAGCGGGAAGGUGCUGAAUUUGUCCAGCACGAGUCCAGAGAAGAAGGAGACCAUUAAGCUGUUUCUGGAAAAGAUGAGCGAACCUUUCAUUCGCAGGAGCAGUUUCUCCGACCGAAAGUUCAGCGUCACCUCCAGAGGGUCAGCAGAUGACGUCUUCAACUGCAAUCUGUCACCCAGAUCAUCCCUCACAGAGCCGCUCUUGGCAGAACUGCCAUUUCCAAGUCUUCCGGAAGCCGAGGAGACGCCCAGCCAAUGUGGCUGAGUGGCUUUCACCUGCUAGCAGCCACUCCAUCGCCUAGGACCCGGGCAAGAUGGGAGGAAGGGGAGGGGACCCGAGGGGGCAGGAGGCAGGCUGGUCAACCCCUCCUCUCUUCUCCCUGGUUGCUGGCCAGGGCCUGCUUCUUCUACAUCCAGGAGCGUAUGACACCCCACACCUCCCCCUCUUCCUCGAAUGGGGUGGGAAUGAAGAAGGGACUUUGGACUUUGGACACUUCUCCAGGGAGACCGAGGAGUCCCGGCCAUUGGCCAUUGGGCUGCCUGGCCAUUGGGCUGAGUGGUUUGUAUCGUGGGGAUAUUCCGGGCGGCCUGACUGGAGUGUGGACCCACAGGGUUGGCCUUCUGCUUGGGACAUUCUUGUCUGACCCCGGGCCCGGCAGGCACGGGCACAGCAUGGCGAUGCUUUUGUCAGCCUGGCUUUGCAAGAUGCUGUUGACCGCCAUCACCAGGAUGGCGCAGGGCAUUGCCCAUCUUGCCUGUACCAAAGCCUUGUGAAACCCAUUCCCAGUACCUGUCACGGGGGGGUGGGGGUCAGGCUGGUGAAUGUGGUAACCCUGUGACUUACUGCCUGGAAUUUGAGCUCCCAGGCCUCCUGCUCAACACAGUGGCCCAUGUACCAAGAGGUCAACUGAUAGGGUCCCCAACUAUGACAGGGGGAGGGUCAUGUGUACCCGAGCAUCACCCUUACUGAAGCAAGUGUUUAUGUCCAUCGGGCAUCUCAGAUGAACUCUGAGGGAUGUUUACUGUAAAAGCACAAUAGAAGAACACGAUCCCAGUACCAUACUGCAUUGUUACACCAGCACAGUUUUCAUCUCAUAGCUGCAGGGGGCUGGACUCCUCCAAGGAGGGGGAGAAACACCCGCCCUCUCCAUAGACAAAGCCUCAUUCAUAGGAAGGAAGGAGUCGCCACUGAGGCUUCUAAUGAGGAAGGCUCAUGGUCCCCAGGGUCAUUGACUCCACCCCCUUCUCAAAAGCGUGCCCGUCUCAUGUGUUUGGCUGACACUCCUGAUUGCUCCUUCCUUUCUAUUUACCAUGUGACUUACGCCUUUGUGCAAUGAGAUCAUUGCUUCCUGGUCAAUAGUGUAUUGAUUAAAUUGGCCACCAAGCCCACUUGCCUUCUUUCCCCUGAGGUCUGUGGGCAGUAUGUUUUCCUGGAAACCUGA